AUGAAGGGAGUGGUAAUAUCAGUGGUGGUGGUGCUAGUCAUGAUUCAGUUGAUGGCGGAGCCAGGACAGGCCAUCAGUUGUGGCCAAGUCGACGCAUCUUUGGCCCCGUGUGUGCCCUACCUCACUACUGGUGGUAACCCUACACCAGAAUGCUGCAAUGGUGUGAAAAGCAUCAAAGGGAUGGCUGCAACUCCGACCGACAAACAAACAGCUUGCAAAUGUGUUAAGGAUGCUGCCAAUCGCUAUGCCAACUUAAAGGACGAUGCAGCACAAGCCCUCCCUGCAAAGUGCAAUGUUCAAAUGGACAUCCCCAUCUCCCGAACCACCAACUGCAACAAGUAA